UUCAUCCAGCACCCAUCCAGAAAACAUCCAUCCUCUAAUUUCAGCGUAGAUAUCAACUGUUUGGAUGAGCAGUUUUCCCGUAUUUUAUAAACUGCAAAACGGGCGUGACUACAUGUAUCGUGUAGGAAUGCAGUAUCGCUCUUCUAAGCAUUUAUUGCUGUUUGCUUUUAGUCUUUAGGAUAUGACUGCACGGGAAUGUUUGGUUCCCGAUGUUGUUUCUAUUGAUAUCCUGUAUCACUGUUUGAAUACCUUUAAUAUAAAUUAUAUAAUCCAUAUAUAGAAUACAUCUGUAAAGCUGAUUAGUGCUGUGGUUGCACUUUUAACCUUGGGACCUUGGACGUCGUAUAGAUUUAUCGGGUAAUAUCGUUUCAUUGCUGAUAGUUGCGAAAUUUGAGGACGACAACAACGCCGCCAUGUUUGUUUACGAAGAGGACAACCAGUCGCAUUCCAUGUUCGCGUGGAACGCGGUGGAUGUCCUGAUCGAUGGCCUGCUGCAGCUAGGCAAAGUCAUAAACGUGGUGGAGAAGGGUCUGAUCAUUAAUUUCGGCUGUACUGGCCAGGGCUCCGAGUUCAUCGAAUACGAACACAUCUUUCACGCGACAAGAGUCUUUGAUCCCUUGGAUACUUUCCUAGACCCGAAUGUGCAGGUUCUCCUGCGCGUCGGUCCCGACUGCCCCUGGAAAUGGUAUCCCGGGAUUGUCUUAUCCCCGGGAGACGAAGGCGGGUAUUUAGCUGGGUUGUUCAUCGUGGAGGCGCAGCUGCCCCACGGCACCGUCCGGGAGCUGCUCCCCCGCAAUCAAGUGCGACGCCCUCCCUCGGACGCCGACUUGGACGGUCGCCGCGUGCAGGACAAAGACUUUGUUAUCCGUAGCUGUCCCAUGCCGUCAGCGUGGACCGGCGAAACGGGUUUGCUCCGCGAGAUCUUCCCAUUAAUCCUGCCUCGAGCGCGGGGGGUGUUCAACACGAUGGUGCAAAGCGAUUCGUUACAGUAUCUUCAGCGUGGAAGCGACCGUGCACUGCUACCGGAUGAACUGGAAGAGCUGUUCAAUCGCACUAAGAAGAAAUUUUAUAAGUGCGCCAUCCCACAAGACGUCUGGCUUCAGACUUCGCUCUGGCAUAAGGUAUUGCGGGACAGGAAGCGAUAUACCUUUCCCUUUCUUGAACCAGACGAAUCCAUACCCAGCAAGCUGUUAGUGGAAAUCUUCCAGUCGCUGGACAGCGGCAACCGCACCCGGUGCCGGCGCACAUGCACCCUGUGGAACAAUCUCCUCACCACGGAAGACGACUUCCCCGAUGUGCGUGUCUCCGGCCGCCAAGACGACUGUCCGUCGCCCGGCAUGCAACCGGUGUUCUGGAUAAUGACCUGCCUCCUCCACUGCGUCAACAGGCGCACCAAAACCAUGGUGCUCAUGCACAUGACACUGGAUGAUUGCGAGGACGCGGCCGCCAUGGUCCGCUUCGUGGUCGGCCGCACCGGAACACUGGUAUUUUACCGGUGCGCGCUGCAUUUCACUGACGCGUAUAUGGGCAUUCAUUCCGUCACCCCAUCCAUCAAGGAUAUUGUGGGCUGUCUGGUGCGGAUGUGCCGCAGUGCGGAGCGGGUGGAGUGGAUCCGGUGCCGCCUGGCCGAUCCGUAUAUGUCCGCCGAGGUGGCACAUAACGCCCUUCCUUAUCAACCAGCAGACCAGCUGGAGAGGCAGCUGUGGGAUCUCUUUGAAGCGAAUCUCGUUGUGGAGAAAGCGGUGGAUUUGAAGCGGUUGUCGCAGUGGAUUGACCAUGCGCUGGGGUGUGCCCGGUGCAAUCCGUUCGAUCAGCUUAAACGGGCUCUUUGCAGUUACCAGAGCGUGGAUCCACGUUUUUUAACACACUAUCGCGGCUGUCAGUGGACAUCGUCCGAUAUCGGCAACAUGGAUGUGAACCAACUGAACAAAGUCACCGCAGCGGCCUUGUUCCAAGCCAUGCAAGGAACGCACUGGCGGUCCAAGUCGCGUCAGCCCUAAUUACUCAACGUGCCUUUAAUAAUUUUCAGAUUCUUUGCAGUUAUCAGAGCGUGGAUCCGCGCUGUUCAUCACACUUGCGCGGCUGUUAGUGGACACCGUCUGAUAUCGGCAAUAUGGACGUGAAGAAACUGACCAAAAUCACCGCAACGGCCUUGUCCCAAGCAAUGCAGGGAACGCACUGGCGGACGAAGUCGUGCCAGCCGUAAUUCACUGGGCUGUCUUUGAUAUAUUAGCACUUCUUACGCAGUUUAAGUAGUUGUUGGGUUCGAGUACAGAUAUAAGGCAGAGUGCCGUUGACUAUACUUCGACUUUACUCGCGUUCCGACCGCUUAUAGAUUACACCUUUGUCUGGUAUGAAUUCUGAUUACCGUGGUACCCCAUCGUCUGCUCCGUUGUAGUUUAGUCAGCGUUUCUUAAGCGAAGUGACGUUGCUUUCGUUAGUUGCGAAUUUGCGA